AUGUCUCAAGCUGCUAUUGCUCGCUCCCUUCCCUUUUCUGAACAGGCACAACUAUCCUGGCACGAGUAUUUGGGUAGUCCACUCUAUAAAAACAGUUCCCGUCCAACCCUAGAGAAGAUCCUUCUAGUCAAUAGUGUCAAGAAUAGCAACGAGGAUAUACCUGACGUCAAUAAGCAACUAAAAUACGAUGGCAAGGUCAAGUAUGACUUUCUUGAUGGUCGAUUGAGAUAUCGUGGUAGGACACAGGAAGAGUUUAGAUUUGUAGUCAGUGACUACGAAGUGUUUGAUCUGGUUGUCAAGACUCACCUCAAUCUAGCUCAUGCCGGUAGGCAGAAAACCUUUGACGAGUUGGAUAGAAGCUAUUAUGGGAUUACGCGGAAUGAGGUUGACAUACUGCUCAAGCAUUGUUCAACAUGUGCGGUGAAGAGGUCUCAAACCAGGAAGGCACCAAUCAAGCCAAUAGUCAUCAACAAACUAUUCGGAAGGGUGCAGGUUGAUCUAAUUGAUAUGUCUUCCAACGCUGACGGUAUCAACAAAUGGAUUUGUCACAUGCGUGAUCACUUUAGCAAAUUCUCACAGGCUUAUCCACUCGAAAGAAAGCCCAGCGAGAACGUCGCAAGAGUCGUAUGA